AUGGUGAGAAACUUCAAAAGAAUCUUUAAAAGAAAUGGGAAGUUUGUUAGACCUCCUCAAAAUGACUCAAGAAAACCACCUCUAGACUUAAAGAAGAAGUCUACUAGAAAGUGUUUCAAUUGUGGUGAUCCAAACCACUUGGUAAAUGAGUGCACCAAAAAGAGAAAUGAAAGGGCGUAUGUUGGUGGUGCUUGGGAAGAUGAAGAAGGAGAGGACGAAGAAGAUGCUCAUGAGACAUGCUUCAUGGCCAUUGGCAAUUCGGGAAACUUAAGUGAUGAUGAACAGGAAUCAACAAGCGGAGUUUGGAGUGAUAGUGAAGUUGAAGAUUCCACCAUGUGCUUCGUCAGUCAAGACGAAGAUGAGGUACAUUCCGAAAGCGACUACUCUAUUGAAACACUUGAACACGAUUAUGAAAAACUUGCAAUGUUAAGCACUAAAAUAAGUAAAAAGAACAAGGUACUAAAAUCGGAGAAUGAAUCAUUGUCAAAAGAAUUGGAAGAACAAAAACGUCUUGUAGCUAUUUUGAUGCAAGAAAACAACGAUUUUAGAAAUAAAGAAAAAGAUGUUUGUGAAAAAUGCAUUGUCUUUAAAACCAAAGCUAAACGGUAUGAAAGAGACUUGUGUUUCAUAAAAUUUGCUAAAGGAACAAAAAUGUUAGAUGACAUGCUUGACUCAAUACAUGGAAGGCCGGAUAGAGCGGGAAUUGGGUAUAAAGGAGAUGGGUCAACAAGUAAGAACCGACCUACUAUAUUUGUCAAGGCAAAGCUGAUCGACGGACGAUCUUUCAUUGACCGCCAAGAUAGUCCGCAGAUCACUGUGAAGACAUCGACCAUGCCAACACUUGACCAAGUCCCAUUAAAGUAUCAAAAGGCUUCCAAAGCACCUCAAAAGGUUGAAAAAGGUCAUAUUACUCGUAAAUAUUAUCAAUCAAGACAUAAAUAUGGAAACAAGUUUUCAAGAAAAAAUAGCUAUGUCUCAAAAGCCAAUAAUGAUCAUCAAAGAAACUUCUAUAACACAUACAAUGACUACUUGUACCCAAGAAUUCAAUACAACAAGAAAACUACUAAGAAAUGGGUCAAAGUAGGAAUGUUUAAUGCUAACAACCCCGGACCUAUGAAACAUUGGGUACCAAAAGUUUGA